ACGAAACUAGUCCAGCUAGGGCCACACGCUUCCCCCCGCCCCGCUCCCAAACUGAAAACCAAACGAGUCCCCAUCUCGGCAUCUCCUCCCUCUCUAUCUUCCCCAUCUCCGGCUUCCCCAUGUGGCUGCCCUGGGUCAAGACGCGCUCCUCCUCCCCCACCUCCGCCUCCACCUGCUCCUCCACGGCGCUCGCCGCCGCCUCGCCGCGCCUCUCCUUCAACUCGCCCUCCCUCAAGGAUCUCCAGGCCCUCCUCCGCUCCGACCCGGCCGCGCCCUCCCCGUCCCCGCCGCAGCCGCCGCACACGGCCCCGUGCUCCCCCUCCGCCGCCCGAGUCUUCCACCGCGUCCGCAUCGCCGCCUCCGCCCUCCGCGCGCUCCGCACCCUGCAGGCGCCGCCGCCCGCCGCCGAGGCGGACCGCCGCGUCGUGCUCUACUACACCUCCCUCCACGUCAUCCGGGGCACCUACGAGGACUGCCGCGCCGCGCGCGCCAUCCUGCGCGGGCUCCGGGCCUCCGUCGACGAGCGCGACCUCGCCAUGGACGCGCGCUACCUCGAGGAGCUCACGGCGCUGCUCCCGCGCGCCCGCCGGAUCACGCUGCCCCAGGUCUUCGUCGGCGGCCGCCACCUCGGCGGCGCCGAGGAGCUCCGCCGCCUGCACGAGUCGGGCGAGCUGCGGCGCGUCGUGGCCGGCGCCGCGCCCCUCGCCGCCUGCGCGCGGUGCGGCGGCGAGCGCUACGUGCUGUGCGGCAGCUGCGACGGGAGCCACAAGCGGUACAGCCUCAAGGGCGGCGGCGGGUUCCGCACCUGCGCCGGCUGCAACGAGAACGGCCUCGUCCGGUGCCCGGACUGCUCCCCGCCGGCCGUCUGAUCCAGAUUCAAAAAGGUUCCAAUCCACUGAUGACUUGUACUCAGUAGUACUAGAUUUUAAUUUCCUAGUUGUACCAAAGUCGAGAUAAGAAAUGGGCUCUGCGUGUAGUCUUUACUACUACUGCUACAUGAUUUAGUGUAACUGGUGUCUCAUACAGUACCGUGUGAUGAAUUGGGAGUUGCAAGUUUUCAGCAUUUCCAAACCAAACACCUCUAGUGGCGCAUUAUGCUGUGUUGCGUAUACUACUUACUUUCUCUUAAGUCUGAAUCUGAGUUUGUUCUAUGACCCUAGUAAAUGACUGAUAAAUGUUAGUACUACUGCUCACUACUCUACUCUAGUAGUAGAAGUUUAAUGUUA